GGCUCCCGCGCCCUGCCUGCGCCCCGCCGCCGCCCGGCCCGAGCAUGGAGACGGCGGAGAAGGAGUGCGGCGCCCUGGGCGGGCUCUUCCAGGCCAUCGUCAACGACAUGAAGAGCUCCUACCCCAUCUGGGAGGACUUCAACUCCAAGGCCACAAAGCUGCAUUCCCAGCUGAGGACCACUGUGCUGGCUGCUGUGGCCUUCUUGGAUGCCUUCCAGAAAGUGGCAGACAUGGCCACCAACACUCGAGGGGCCACGCGGGACAUCGGCUCGGCGCUCACGCGCAUGUGCAUGCGCCACCGCAGCAUCGAGACCAAGCUGCGCCAGUUCACCAACGCACUGCUGGAGAGCCUCAUCAACCCGCUGCAGGAGCGCAUCGAGGACUGGAAGAAGUCAGCCAACCAACUGGACAAGGACCACGCGAAAGAGUACAAACGAGCCCGGCAUGAGAUCAAAAAGAAGUCUUCAGACACGCUGAAGCUGCAGAAGAAAGCGCGCAAAGAGCUACUUGGGAAAGGAGACCUGCAGCCCCAGCUGGACAGCGCCCUGCAGGACGUCAACGACAUGUACUUGCUGCUGGAGGAGACGGAGAAGCAGGCCGUGCGCCGGGCCCUGAUCGAGGAGCGCGGCCGCUUCUGCACCUUCAUCACCUUCCUGCAGCCUGUGGUGAACGGCGAGCUGACCAUGCUGGGUGAGAUCACCCACCUGCAGGGCAUCAUCGACGACCUGGUGGUGCUGACCGCUGAGCCGCACAAGCUGCCUCCCGCUAGCGAGCAGGUGAUCAAAGACCUGAAGGGCUCCGACUACAGCUGGUCCUACCAGACCCCACCCUCAUCACCCAGCAGCUCCAGCUCCCGGAAGUCCAGCAUGUGCAGUGCCCCCAGCAGCAGUAGCAGUGCCAAGGGUGGCGGAGCCCCAUGGCCUGGGGGUGCCCAAACAUACUCACCCAGUUCCACCUGUCGCUACCGCAGCCUGGCGCAGCCAGCCACCACCACCGCCCGCCUCUCCAGUGUCUCCUCCCACGACUCUGGCUUCAUCUCCCAGGAUGCCACCUACUCCAAGCCACCCUCACCCAUGCCUUCAGACAUCACCAGCCAGAAGUCCUCCAGCUCUGCGUCCUCCGAGGCCUCAGAAACCUGCCAGUCUGUUAGCGAGUGCAGCUCCCCGACCUCGGACUGGUCCAAGGCCGGCCCCCACGAGCAGCCCGCAGGCACCACCCUGCAGCGGAGGAAGGACCGAGUGGAGCUCCUCCGAGACACAGAGCCCGGCCCGGCCAGCGGGGGUGCCCUGGGCCCCAGUGGAGAGGAAGCACCACGACCCCGCAUGUCCCCUGCCACUAUUGCAGCCAAGCAUGGUGAGGAGGUGUCCCCUGCGGCCAGUGACCUGGCCAUGGUGCUGACCCGCGGCCUGAGCCUGGAGCACCAGAAGAGCAGCCGGGACUCGCUGCAGUACUCGAGCGGCUACAGCACGCAGACCACCACGCCCUCGUGCUCCGAGGACACCAUCCCCUCCCAAGGCUCCGACUACGACUGCUACUCGGUGAACGGGGAUGCAGACGGUGAGGGCCCGCCCGAGUUCGACAAGUCGUCCACCAUCCCUCGCAACAGCAACAUCGCCCAGAACUACCGCCGCCUGAUCCAGACCAAGCGCCCGGCCUCCACCGCCGGGCUACCCACCGCGGGGCUGCCCACCGCCUCGGGUGCACCCCCCGGCGUGGCCACCAUACGCCGCACGCCCUCCACCAAGCCCACCGUGCGCCGUGCCCUCUCCAGCGCUGGCCCCAUCCCCAUCCGGCCACCCAUUGUCCCAGUGAAGACGCCCACCGUGCCCGACUCCCCCGGUUACGCAGGGCCCACUCGGGCAGGCAGCGAGGAGUGCGUCUUCUACACUGACGAGGCCGCCUCGCCGCUGGUGCCGGACCUGGCCAAGGCCUCCCCGAAGAGGCUCAGCCUGCCCAACACAGCCUGGGGCAGCGCGUCCCCCGAGGCCGCCGGCUACCCCGGGCCUGGGGGCGAGGAGGACGAUGAGCAGCAGCAGCAGCUGGCCGCCAACCGGCACAGCCUGGUAGAGAAGCUCGGGGAGCUGGUGGCAGGCGCCCACGCCCUGGGCGAGGGCCAGUUCCCCUUUCCCACAGCCCUGUCGACCACCCCCGCAGAGGAAACGCCCACCCCGCCCCCGGCUGCCACCAGCGACCCCCCAGCUGAAGACAUGCUGGUGGCCAUCCGACGCGGGGUGCGCCUCCGCAGGACGGUCACCAACGACAGGUCGGCGCCCCGCAUCUUGUGAUGGCGCCACCCUCCCACCCUCUGGCCUCCCGCCAGGCCGGUGGGCAGCGGCGGCUCAGAGCAAAGGCACAGCCAGGAGAGAGCAGAGCUGGGCAAGCUUGCUUUCUUUUAAAGUCACAUGAGGCAAAGCCACUUUACAGAAAGAGACACCCAGCUUGGAUCUCCGUGGCUGGACAGGAAGUGACUUCUCUCUCACGCUCGCCAGGCGGAGCCUGGGGUCCUGAACUGGAUCUGGAGCCUGUUUGAUACUCUCCUGGCCUCCUCUGUCCCACCUUCCUCCUGCUGGCCCUGCCUUUGCCACAUCUCAGGCCCAGGGCUAUGCUCCUAGUCCACGACAAGGGGCCGGCCAGCCUUGGGCCAUUCCGGCCAGUGCCACAGCUCAACUAGCCUGGCCACCUGGCCCCGGUCAGGUCAGCGUGCCUCGGGCUUUUUGGAAUCUGGCGCCCUCCGCCCCUGACUGAGCCCCCCGUCCCUCCCCCUUCUCUCCUUCUCUCCCCGUCAGAGAGGCAGGGUGGCCAUGGAGGGGCCAGGGUGCCCAACUGGCUAACGUAUCAGAUGUGACCGGAAAGCUGGGCAGAGUGGCUGGUGAUUGGGAGGGCAGGGGGAGGGAGGUGAGCCGCCGUGGGGGAAGGGGACCUGCGUGGAGGAGGCUGGGGAUCCCGAGGCAGCCUCCCCUCCCCCUGCGGUGGGGCUGGGUUCGGGGGCAGGGCAGGAGUCCAGAGGUCCGGGAGCUGCUUUCAGGUGUCCGGUCCUCAUCUGGGCACGUCAGGACUUAACUCUGGGGGCACUUUGGUCACAGUUUCAGUCCCCUUUGGGGGUGGGGGCUGGAGCUGUAGAGGGUGUGGGGGGUUAUUUUAUGAAUAUAAUAAAAUGGAGCUGACUGGA